UUUAACAAAGCAGUCGCGUGACGAUACGAAAUCAAGAAGUAUCAAAAAUUUGACUUAAAUCCAUUAUCCUCUCCAUUUAGUUUAUGAAUUGCAAACGGCUCAAAUUAUUUAAAUUUUAUCUCGAUAUAAAAUAUCCGUAUUUGUCGUUAAUAGUUAUAAUAAACAAUAAUUGUGCGCAUACAUAUUUUAUUUAUUGUUAGUACAAAAUAGUUUACCUGAAAUGCUUCACAUCGGAAAGUUUUAAACAAUUGAUGUAAUUUACAACAACACAAAGAAAGAUUAUUCGCUGUGUUUAAAAUUACAAUAAUUAUAAUAUAUUUAUUAGUUGUUUGUUUUGGCAUACAUUAUGAUUAUACCACAUCAAAAGGAUUUUUCGAUAUUUCUUCAAAUAAUGUAAGGAUAUUCAAUCAAUUCGCAUAUGUUCACAAACAUGAGACAUACUAUAGGUAAACACACAUCAAGAACCUCAUGCAUCUAUUCAUCUGAAUAGUCUUUUCUGACGUAGACGACAUCACAAAUUUGUGAGGAAAUUGUAAGCAUUUGAGCUUUUGAAAUCAUCCCAGCAUUCCGAAAACCUCACAAACAACAAAAACCUCACAACAGUGAGGUUGGUGGUUUUUGUGAGUCACAUGUCCAGCUCCUUCCAUUUUUUACGUGAACUUCUCACCAUAGCUUAGAGUCAAGGUCAUUCCUAAGUAUUUAGCGGAGUUAAAGUACGAUAUUCGUGCAACGUCUAUGAAAAUUGACACCGCUACGUGGUUAUAGCCGAGUCAACAACAGCGCGCCAGCCGUUUCUUCUUUUCGGAAUUUGGAUUUUGACGCCAAGUGCAGCCAACUAGUACUAUAAAAUUAAUCACUAAACAGUAGAAUUGUCAUUUGCUUCUAGUCUUAUUUAUAACAAAUGAUGUUAAGUAGUGAAAGUACACCGUCCAUUGCUAAACAAAAAACACAGCAAAGCAAUAACACCGCUAAUUUAAGUCCGAAGAAAAAUAUCAAAAGUUUGCAUGAAUUAUUUUUGGAAAUACUGGACGCAGUGCUAUCAUGCGUCAUAGUGGCACCUUGCGUAAUCGCCUAUUGGCGAGGAACUUGGGAGCUGAUGGGUGUUUUAUUAUUUCCACGAAGCAUGCCGCUAUCUGCGCUCAUGUCCUUUUUGAUUGGUCUUUCGGGUCACUUCAUCUUUACAAUCACGCAAUCUUGUUUUCGAAGAUACAUCAAUCCUGAUAAGCGCCGCCUUACCUAUUACGUAAUUUCGCGAAGCUAUACAGCUUUAUUUGGCAUCGUAUGUGUGAAUAUGUGGCGCGGUUCGUGGAUCUUAUGCGAUUGGCUCACCAGUGCGGACUCCUUAAUAAUUAUUGCCGCAGUAACGCUGGUGUCUUUGGUGUUUUUAAUUGCAACACGGACUGUUCGAAACCUGAGCGCCGCACCUUAUGCCAUUACAAUGGACCAUAAAAGUGAUUAUUUCGACGUUGACACUAUGUUUCAAAUACCGGGUUUCCACCAACCUGGUUUAUACGUUCUCGACACACUGUUUUCCGUUUUAGUCAUUGGAACAUUAGUUGUUAUUGUCUGGAGAGGAGUAUGGGGAAUAAUGGACAUAACAUUUUACCCGUUCGACCGGACAAAGUCAUCUUGGAGUUCUUUGAUUCUUGGCUACAUAAUCGUCGUCAUAACUUUCGCUAUUAAACCUAUUAUACGCUGCAUAUGCAAGAAAAUUGACGGAAUAUGUAAAUUAAUUAUUUGUGACAUGUUCUAUUUUUUAAUAUUUUUUGGAGCUGUAAAUGCAUGGCGAGGAAUAUGGAACCUGUUGGAUAUUUACGUAUAUCCAGACAAUAAAAUACUAAGCUAUUGGUUAACACAUCUUAUACCAUUCCUUGUACUUGCUGCCCUGAAAUGCUCAAAUUCCGUAUUAGUGCGUGGGGUUUUCAUUGAUGCGGAAGGUACACCCGAUGAAUGUGUAACUAUUCCAAUAAAUUAUGUUAAGCUACAUUUUGAAAGAGAACGCAAAAAGAAAUGUAUAUAUAUGUGCCAUCAGAUGGAUAUGAAGAAAAAGACGAAUAAGGAUGUCCAAAUCAGUUUACUCGAGAAGUCUGAGAAAGUAGUAAUUAAGAAGCAAGCUGGCAAAGAUGCAACACGUCAUGUAUAACCAAUAAACAUAGAUGCAUGUAUGAAAUAUUUUCCACAUGAGAAGUAGAUCCAACCGUGCAUAUAGAAGUAGAUCCAACCGUAAUACAUAUGCGAUUUACCAGAAAAAAGAGGAAAUUUUAAGGACCCAUUAAAAUUUUACCGAAUGUAAAAGUGCUUUUAGGUGUAUUAAUAACUUAUUUUUAAUGUCUAGUCUAGAUAAUCUGGAAUAACUUCUGCAACAUGGGUAAGAUCCAAAACUCACAAUGUAUCUAGUAGCUUGAUGAUCAAUACAUUUUGAUGAAGUAAUAUUAAAUUUACAAUAUCUAAUUAGUAGGUCUAAAUAAAUCCAAUUCAAGAUCUGAAGCCGUAAUUGCGUAAACUGUCUUACAUGUUUACUUAAUUACACUAGUUUACAAUAAUUUUGAGAUGUUAGAAUCUGUAUCUAGCUAAAACUAUAAAUGAUAGUAAAAAUAUUUUAACACAUGGAAUUUAUUUUCUUGUAGUCAAGGGGUGUAGAGGUCAAACCACCACACUUUACUAAAAUGUAAAAAAGGUGUAAAAUUUGUAAUCAGAACACCUCAAAUACCCCACAGACCUCUUAGCACAUUAGUCGCAAAUUUUUCCUUCAGAUUACUUUGAGAAUGUGCAAUUAUAAAUUACACAUCAUUUAUAAAUUACAGUCAAGAAACAGAUCUUCGAUUUUGUGAUUUGGGUAAAUCUGGUGAAAAGGUGUAGAUUUUUGGAAGCGAUUGUUUUUUUAAUUAUUUGGUUUAAUAUUUUUGGUAGUGAUGGUUGAUAUUAAUUUGGAGUAAAUCAAGUACUGCGCUUGACAUGAAGAAUAUUACACCUACAGUCACAUAUUUGGGACGAUCAAUAAUAGAAAAUACGCAAAUGUUACAUCAGCAGCAAUGAAACCCUAAAAACUGCUCUUACUCGAGCUUCAGCCCGAUUCCUGACAUAUCUGAAAAUUUGGGGACUUCAUUGCCCCAACUGUACUAGUAGUGAUUAAUUUCCAAAGUGGACCAAUGAAAUACUAAAAUUCAAAAAAAAGAAAAUUUUCAAUAUUUGAUGUAGUUAUGUAUAUACAGAUUUUUUCCUGGUGAUUUUUGAUGUUUCACAAAUGAACUUCUUUACAAAUUUAUUUAAUAUUAGCAAAAGGACUUUUUUGGUUUUACUAAAAGAUUUUUCAUAUUGCAAUAUCGAAAGGUAUAUGUAUAUAGACAUUUUUCCUUGAUUAUAUAUUUGUUAAAAAAUUUAUAGUCCAUUUUUACCACCCUAAACCUGAUCUUAAAACUAAGUGAAAAACUACAUCAAUACUCAUAUUGCAGUUGAUUUCUUACAUUUGUGUCAUAAUCAUUGGGAUAUAUGUAUUUAAAACUUUCAAAACUUUGCGAAUUGCGAUGUUAUUAGUAAUAUGUAUGUAUUAUAUUGUUUAUAUUUACAUGUAGCGGUUUGAUCUAAUGCUUACUGUUACCUAGUUCUAAACCCUCGUUAUUUGUUGAUAUUACAUGUUUUUAAACUUUGAUUGAAUAUUUUUUUCAGAAAUAACAUUACAUAUUUAAGACAAGCUUUUAUGGCUAAGAUUUCACAUCUUAUUACCGCUAAAGUUUUUAUUAUUUCUUAAUUAUGUAAUCGAAUAUUUUGUCAUUGGCAGUCCAUAAAACAUUACACAAUACUUUAGCCAUAUAACCUAAUGAUAGCAAAAAUAAUGUAAUUUAAUUUGAGAGCACAGUAUGUAUAUUUGUUAUUGUUUAACUUCUUGUAUAAAUAAAAUAUGUUUCAAAUAAACGUAUAAUUGUUAUAUAAUUAUCCAUCUUGCCAUAUGCGAA